ACCGGAUGCCCUUCCUGACGCAAUCCCAAAGCGAUGUGUGUCUCCUCCUGGAAUCGAGGCAUGGGUUUUUCAGCCGAAAGAAACUAAAGUUUCUUGGCUCUAAAGUUGAAGCGUCGAGGUUUGAUGUUUGUACAUGCAUGUUAUACAUUCCGUCACACUGGUAUAUAAAAAGGGGAACUACACGAGGAAUCUAGCAGCGGAUGGGUGAAAUGUUCGUUCAGUCCAGCAGAGGAGGAGCAGGCUUUGAAUUACAGGCCACCCCCUAUCCAUCUCCCAGCCCCCCUACACAGAUGCUACAUUCAACGGAGGAAAAACGGAAAAGACGAAACCGACAAGAAGGUUUAUCAUUUCAAAACUCCGGAGCUGUGGAAAGAACAGAGAGUUCCAUUUUAACCCCACACUCACCCGCUUUUGUCCCACCAGAAGCCCGGCCCUCCAGGCCUUUUAUUUUCACACUUUGCCCAUCUUUUCUCCAGCUGUUUGCAGCUGGCAAAAAAGCACCCGCCCUGUUCGGGAAAAAGUGGACCGAGAGUGACCGGAGGAGGAGAGAGAACGAUGCCACCCCAACCUCCCCAGCCGCAGGUGAGGGGGAACAUCCUGAAGUUCCUCAGGAGUUUUAUGGGAAUUACGCGGAUCCUGCAGAUCGUGUUCGGAGCCUGCCUGUGGGUAACCAUCGCCGCCAACAAAUACGGGGGGUCUAUCCACUUCGUGCUGUUCGUCGCUGUCUUCUUUUGGCUCCUCACCCUGGCCCUUUUCUUCCUCACCCUGCUGGACAAGCAGGACCUCGUGCCUUUGCUGGGAGGGGAUCGCUGGUCGUGCACCAACCUGGCGCACGACGUGGUCGCCGCGGUGCUCUACCUGCCGGCCAUAGGCGUCAUGAUCUACAAUACCGAUCGAAACUCAUUCUGCAACUUGCCUCAAUACAUGCAUCCAUGUCUGUACAAAGUCUACCUGACAGCCGCUGUGUUCGCCUGCUUCUGCUGGCUGGCUUACCUCCUGUCCGUUAUUUGUGGAGCGUGCAGAAAGUGUCAAAGAGGGUGAACUGUUGAGCAGCGCGGAAGCUUAAGGGUGGUCAUGGCAAGAUGAGGAAUAGUUAACGUCACUGUAAUUUCACUCAGCGGUUACUCUAAUCUCUGUUUUCUCCUCUCUCUUAACAAUCCACGGUGGUGGUGAAACAGGAUCGGCCACCGUUUUCUCGGUGUGUGUUUAAUGGUUACUAACAUGAAAGAGACCUGUUGGUAUGGUGGCUAAGUGCCGUGUGUUGUCUCCUUGUUAAGCUCAACAAUAGCCUAUGUAGUUAUGAAGACUCUUAUAAUAUUAAUGUAUGGACUUGUUAUUGUGGCCUAGCAGUAUAUUUAGUGGUAACAGUGAAAUGGCCUUAACAUAGCCUACAUUUUGCAGAUUACUAUUGAUGCUGGUUAACAGUCCACCUUAAACUUUUUUUAAAUAGAAUUGCUACAGUUGUUUUAACAGGGGUUUAUUUUCAUUACCUUUUUAAAUAUAUUUUUAUGUUUACUUAUUUUUUACUAAAAGGUUGGACUGAAAAAUCUGUUUGUUUGUUUGUUUGUUUUUUUAAAUCAGUGCCUUCUGUCCUAAUGCUGUAUACUCAACAACAAGGUGAUAACAACAACUCCACAACACAGAUGUGACUGGUGCUACAGUGUGUAUGCUGAACAAAAACCUUUAUCAACAGUUCAUUGUGUAAAAAUCCAAAGAGCAAAAAAUAGGCUUUUAUAAUAAAGACUAGUCAGUCA